CCUGCGUACGCACCAUUCUUUGGAGCCUUGGGCUGUGCGAGUGCAAUCAUUUUCACGAGCUUCGGUGCAGCCUAUGGAACUGCCAAGUCUGGCGUUGGAAUUUGCUCAUCGGGGAUCAUGAGACCUGAUCUCAUCGUGAGAAACAUCGUUCCUGUUGUUAUGGCCGGUAUUCUCGGGAUAUAUGGGCUGGUAGUCUCGGUCUUGAUUGCAAAUAACCUCGUUCAAAGAGCCACUCUCUACACAAGCCUACUUCAGCUGGGUGCAGGUUUGGCAGUUGGUCUCUGUGGAUUAGCUGCAGGGUUUGCGAUCGGAAUUGUCGGUGACGCUGGAGUCCGAGGAACGGCUCAGCAGCCUCGGCUUUAUGUUGGCAUGAUACUUAUCCUAAUCUUUGCUGAGGUCCUAGAUGAAGGCUUAUAUGGGUUGAUUGUCGCUCUCCUCAUGAAUUCCAGAGCGGGCGUCGUAGAUUAUCGGUGUGAUUAA